UGGAAUUUUAUUUAGUAAUCAUAAUCUACUAGCUAUGGGUUUGCAUUAGACAACAGACACUGUGUUUUUGAGUGAUGAAGUUGGCCCCAAAACAGCCAGAUAAAAAGCCAAGUUGGUCUUUUUUGGUCGUCUUCGAGGCGCAAUGCAUGCUGGGGGAUUGCGAACUUGUUUAAUAUGGCGCUGACCAGAUGGGAGGAAGCAAUAUUUCUGAAAUGCUGCUGGUUCGUGUAUAGAUGAGUUUAAAAUAAAACGUGAAUCCCUCUCCAUUACUGCCUGUAUCAUCUUUAGGCAUUGCUAGACCUGCUGGUGCUGCUGUUGGCUGGUACUGUCUCACCAUGGAUCCAAACCACUGGAGUAAUUACAAUCAGCCCUACAGCCGAAUUAACCAUAAUAGUACCAUGCCCUCAGCCCACAGUUCCAUUAACCGUUAUGAACUGCCACUUUUGGAUCAAGGAAUCGGAACAGCUGUUUCCUGCCUUAACCGUUAUGACUUGCCGCUACUGGAUCAAGGACUUGGAACAGGUCUAGGGGCAUUGUCCCCAUCUCUCUCCCCACAUACAUCUCUACCACCAGCUCGUGGUCUUGGGGGCAUUCCUCAAGUAAACUAUGGCCAUCCAUUACACAAUUCAGUCACUCAGUUUUUGGAUAGUAUGAAUCUACAAUCAUCUUUCCCUAGCCAAUCACAUUAUAAACCGGUUCCCACCUCUUUUCCUUUUGAUUCAGCUCCUCGGUCAUCGGCAGAACAACCAACCUGUUACAGCUCGGGGAGGUACGUAACCUCCUCUCACAGUGGAGUUCCUGCUCACAGUAAAUCUCUCUUUAAUCAAGAUUUUCAUUCAAGCAAAGAUUUAGCCAGCAGUCUCACCCCAUCUCCUAUGUCACCUAAUCCUCAUGUUCCUGAAGCAAGUAGCAAAAGCUGGAGUCUGUCUAAUUUUGUUCCAACUUCAUCAAAUCCCUUUGCAAAUCUCACUAAUGAGCUCUCUGGACCAGGAAAUUAUGCGCCAGCAUCUCCUAGUCCCCAACAACACAUUCCUCCCCCAGCUCACAGCACCAACAGAGCAAUCAGUAGUCUUUCUCAAAGAAGCCCCUACCAGCCAGACCCUAUCUACUGUUCAACUUCUCUACCUAGUAGUAAGUCGGUUCCAUCUCCACAGUUACCGCCAGUCUAUAGCCGCACCACUUCACAAUCAACAAAACCGGCCCACUCGCCACAGUUGCCUUCUUCAUACAAUAUGUCCAACAUGAAUCAUGAGCAACAACAACCUGCUACACCUCUCUCUCAACCUCCAACACCAAGACCAUCAAAUUAUUCUUCCCCCCAGGACUUGGAAAAUAUGUCUGGCUCGCAGUCACCCAUGUAUGAUCCCUACAGCUGCAUCAGUACUAAAAGUUAUUCUGUAGCAUCUAGUGCUCCCACUUAUUCUUCUGUAAAUCAUAUGACAUCCGAGAUGGGCUAUGAUCCUGUUAGUCCAACUCAACCACUCUCUGAACAACCAUCUCAACAGCAUCAACAGGGGGAUUCUUUCUGUACAGUCUCUUUGCAAGAUUUGGCUUCAAUUGGAUCUAGUCAAGACCGCAUGCAAGAUAUGAAAAAUCGAGAAAGUGUGUUGCUUCAAGAAACCUCUCAUAUCAUGCUGCACAGUACUGCCAAUAAGGGAGUCUCUCCUUCACUUUCUGAUCUGCAGCAGACUGUCCAGAGUAUCACCUCACGCCCUCAGACUAUUCCAGCAGCACACAACAUGCAUAAUGGCCAACUUUCUCAAAGUGUUCACAGUCCCAUGCAGCAAUCACCUAUAAGUGUGGGGAGUCCGCAGGCUCCAAUAGCACUUGGAAGCCCGCAGACUCCUCUUCCCAGUUCCACUAUAGUGCAAGCACCUCCUCCAGUUCAAGCUGUUGCUGACUCAACAACUAAACCCAAACGUGGACGUGGACGCAAGAAGAAAGACAUAAUUUAUGACAAAGCUCUUGAACUUGGACAAGAACAUUUAUUUAAUGAAGAACCCCUAAAUAUGACGCAAGGAACAGCCAAUGUAUUCCCCAACAUGGCACAAGUGAUGUCUCAACAGUGCCAUGAUACCCUUCCUCCACAACCAUUAACUGAAGAUACCCUGAGCCCCACUUACCAAGACCAUGUUGAAGAACAGCGACUCAAAGUUCAAAACGUUAGUCCUGUUUUAGACCCUUCUUUAUCUGUUGUUCGCCUAAAUGACCACCACCAGGAUGCAUCUCCUGCAAGUAUGCAUCAGUUUUCAGUACGAGGUAAUGUUGAGAGCUCUCAGCAUGGAUCUGAUCAUGUGACAAACAUGCAUCCCCCAUCAGUAUCUGGUAGUAUUGGUAGUCCACAAGGAGUUUUAUCUGAGGAUAUGCCCAGUACUGCUACACCUCUUUCUGAUCGUAUUGAACAGCCAGCUGCCAUUACUGACCAAUACUCAGAUAGUUUAACUCCACCCACAACAACGCCAGAUCUACCAGAUAUUCAGAACUAUGGUAUGAGGCGCUUGACUGAAUCAUCUUAUGUUAAUACGAUGGCAUCCCAACUUGGCCCCAACCAGAUGAAUUUGCACCAGCAGGAUCCAAUGUGCCAAGACAGUAUGACUCUUUCUAAGCAGAAUGCAUCUUUGCAAAUGCAACCUCCCCCAUCCUACAUGAACUUCUCUCAGGUAUCAACGCCAAAAGAUUUGGUACCUGCUUCAAACAGUUUUGAAGAUUUAGCUAUGGAUAAAGAUGGUGAUGCACCAGAAUUUGAUGAUUUAGUUGAUGCCAACACUGCUGAUACGAAGCGACAGUUGCUCUCUCAAGAAGAUGAGACCAUUGGAGCAGCUAUGGCUACUAUUUCUGCUGACUUCUCUUUGUCUGAUAAAAAGCAAAAGAGAAGUCGUACUAAAGCAGAACAAAAACAAAUGCCUACCAAUGUAAUAGCUGUUACACUCCAGGCUGAGUUUGAUGAGGAAUUCCAACACUUGCAAGAUAAAGUUAUGCUUGAUGGUGAACUGCUGAAAAAAACGGAGAAUAAAUCCAAAAAGUGUUUUGAUGCUUUCCAAGAAAGCUAUAUAAAUUUCUUACAAGGUAAAAAAACAGAGACACUCUCCAGCCUGAGUUAUUCUAAUAUUACUAGACGCACCCAUUCUACGAAAUAUGAUCCAAGGUUUUAUAAUUCUAUAUUAAAUAAUUUGCCAGUUGGUGAUUUUGGAACUGGGUAUAAAAGACCUCUUACUACUACAACAGAUUUGGGCAGUUCUAAAUUGAAUGAUACACUGAGCAUGAAUCAGUCUUCGACCCCAUUUUCUGAUGAGGAGAACAGUAUUAAUACAGUUGAAGAUUUAUUUCAGAAUCUUUGUGAUAACUUUGAAUCUGACAAUCAGAUGCAUAGACAGUCAGUAGAGUUUGGACGGGGUCCUCGUCGUGGGCGGGGAGGCCGUGGCAGUAGAGGUCCCCGUGCAAAACGAGCACGUGGUAGGAGCCGAACUUUCUCUGGUGAAAGAGAAGUUAUGGAGUUCUUUGAUAAAGGAACAUCAGAAAACGAUGUUGAGAAACCCAUUGUACCUGUGUUACCUUUAAGGCAAACUUCUUCUCGUAAGGCAAAAGAAAAAACCCUCACACGAAGAAAGCGCAAAAAUGAACUCGGCUCUGAUUCUGGAAGUGACACAGACCAUGUUGCUGGUAUGCUUUUUGGCCUCAAGAGUGAUAGUGCAGACAGUGCUGAGAACUAUGAUUCUUACCUGAAUCAAAUGCUAAAAUUUGUACUAAAAUGUUCACAGAUUUUACCUUUUAAUUUUUGUUUAUUUAAUAGCCGAUCAAGAGGCAGAGGACGGAAAAAUUUUGCUUUGAAUAUGUUAGAACCUCUGUUAACUGAAGUACCAGAAGAAGGUGAAAAUGGUACUAAAAACUUUGAGGAACAUCAAUUUAUUAUAGAAAAGAAAGAUAUGGAAAAUUAUGAUAAAUUUCCUGUUUGGAAAAUUGAAGCGGGAAGACUUCAAAAAUAUGAACUAGUAAAUGAAGAUGGGAAAAUUAGACACAGAGCUGUGCCGACAUAUAGAACUUGGACUGCAGCCUGGAGAAAACAGUUCAGUCCUAUUAAAACCAAAUUAAUUUCUCAAGGGUUUAAUUCAGAAAUUGUAGAAGUAGAAGAUGAAUAUUUUCCAAGACCCUCAUAUAAAAACAGUGAAAUAUCAGAACCCUGUCCUCAAGUGAAAGAGCUUUCUGCCCAACAGCCUGAUCUCGCUCCAUCACCCUUGGUGGCCAAAGAAAGGUCCGACAGUGAAAGUGAAGAAGAAGAAGAUGAGGAAGGAGAUGAUGAUGACGAUGACGAGAAGAGGAAUUCCGAAUCUUCUGAGAGUGAAUCUGAAUCUGACAUAGAAGAUGCUCCUGUACAUAAUUUUGAGCCCGGAAAGUUUAUUAUUGAAGUUAAGGACCUGUCAAACUAUGAAAGUUACCCCAUUUGGAAAAUUGAAAAUGGAAAGAUGUUACACAAAUACGAAUUAAUCAUAGAAGAUGGGAAAAUUCGACACCGAGCUGUUCCUACAUACUCCAGUUGGAUGCCAACCCUUCGUCAACAGUUCAAACCAAUUAGAGCAAAGUUAAUAUCUCAAGGUUUCAACAAAGAAAUAGUUGAAGUUGAAGAACCAUUCCGGCCCAAACCUCCUAACGAUGGCAGUCUGGAGAGACAAUAUGAAGAUGACCCUUUAGUAGAGUCUUUCAACAUAUACAUGCGAAUAUUCUUGAGCCAGGCUUUGGAAUCUAACUUCUUAAGCAUCAUCAUUGCUACUAAUGAUCAAUUUUUUCUGAAAGCCUUGCAGACAAUUGAUAGCCUAAUUGAUAUGAAAGUUAAUGAAAUUGAUUCAAAGGUCCAGUGGAAUGACAAAUUUAAAGAUUGUCUGAAACUGAAACCUGUCAUGCGGGAGCUUGACCGACCAAAUCUAAAGCAAUCCUGUCAGGCAUGUGAAAAUGCUAGUCAACCUGCCAUAAAGUCCAUCCAUUUAUAUGGUCAACCGUAUGACCUAUCCAAUCUUGGAGAGAAUUCAGUGGACCCAGAAGAAAAUGCAAAUGUUGCACAGGAAUUCAUGAUAGGCAAAACAGCUGCUAUGUAUGUUGGCUCCUAUCAUAGCUUAUAUCAUUUCAAGUACCACAUCUAUGAAAGGUGCUUAGCAAAGAUAAAUAUUAUCAAAGAAAGUGGCAAUUAUUUGGACAAUUCUGAAGUUAUCAAUCAGUGUCUCCAAAACAGAGCUUGGAUCCUCAAGCUCUUUGAAGAUUUGAAGACUUUGCUUGAAAAGACAUGAAAUUUUCUUCUUUCACUAGAUAAAUAUACUUGCCAAGUGUAAAGUUGGUAUGUGCCACUGCCAAUGUAGACCAGAGUUGUGCUAUGUAAAACAGAGGAAAAGCAGCAACUGAUUUUUUUUUUUUCUUUUUUUUUUAUAAUCUUCCUAACAACAACAGCUACUAUAACUACAUUAAAAGGAUUUGCUGCAGGUGCUGCUGCUUUUAGAUACCCUUCUAGUGGACCACAAUUUUUUUCUCCUCACCUUAUUGAAGAAAACAACACAACUGUGAUGUUAUAUGUCAACACUCAAAUAACAAGACAAAAAUGUGAUUUUUAAAAAAAAUAUCUUUUACUAUCACUUUCUCAUAAACUAUUUUUUAAGCUUGUAUACCUAUAAAAGCAGUCCUCAAUACAUUUUGUUAAUAAGCGAUCUUUUAUUUUCUGCCAGUUCUAGAACAUUCUAUCUCAUUUACACUACAUUCUUCACACCUACUUAAAGAUCCUCUACAAAGGUUCUGUUUCUUUAAUUCAUGCCAUAUCUUUUCUGAAUCUCCUCAGAACUGACGUGUAACUACAAAUUAACACAAAUCACCAGAAUAUUAAGACAUGUCUAAAUCAGUUUCUACACUAAUUAGAUAUUAAUUUUAUAGUUGAAUUUUAAAAAAAUAUUUGAUUCAAUUUUUUUUUUUUUUUUUUUUUUUUUCAUUACUGUAAAACUUUUAUCUCAUAAAAAAUUCAAAACACGUUUGACUGUUAUCGCAUUAACCAUAUAUUGAUCUGUUUGCUUGAUCAAGAUUCAAGAUCAAUAAAAAAUCUAAUUAAGAUGUCACCAGAUAGUAUUUCUGAUCAAAGUACAAAUCAUUAAAGUAGAUCCAAUAUUAUAUCUAUUUCUUAGGUUAUCAUGUCUACUAAAUCAAACAUAACAAUGAUCUAAACACUGAAUCAUUAUUCUAAUUAAUUAGAAUCGUUAGGAUGCCGGGCAAAGUGCUUAGCAGUAUUUCGUUUGUCACUACGUUCCGAGUUCAAAUUCCACUAAGGUCAACUCUGCCUUUAGUCCUUUCAAGUCUAUAGAUUAAGUACCAGUGAAAUACUGGGGUUGAUGUAAUCAACUAGUCUCCUCCCCACAAAUUUCAGGCCUUGUGCCUUUAGUAGGAAGGGUUAUUUUUAUGACAUUUGUUGCCUUUUUUUUUAAAGCUAUCAUGGGGGUGAAUGGUCCUCAGAUAUUUGGACAUGUUUGUCUUGUCUUGUCAUUGCUUGGUACCAAUAUUAUGUAUUACCGAUUCAGUCUUUUACUUUCUCUUACUUAUAGUAAGACAGUGGCAUUUUAUGUUGGAAACACUCAUUAUUCAGUAAUUUACAUUCUUAAAUAUAAAUAUGUCUGAAAUAUGAAAGAUUAGUCAAAUAGGAUCAGAUCAAUCAUCAAUUUUGCUAUAUCUAAUCAUGAUAUUUGAUAUAUUUAGUGAUGUUAUCUCAUCUAUUGCGUUCUUUUAGUGAAAUUUUCUCAGUAUUUAAUUACGCCAAAAUAUUUUUAAAAAAAAAUUUUUUUUAAUAAAAAUUUUAAAUAUAUAUUUAUUAUCUUCUAAUUUACUUUGAUUUGAGCUGUGUCUCUUCUUUAAAUUAAAACCACAGUAAGCUCCGAGUUCCAAUAGACUUUAAUUUCAUUUGAUUGUUUCGUAUGACCCCUCUCGCCCUUUAGUAUUCAGAUUACUCUGUCAAAUGUAUUGCUUAUUUCUUCACAUUGUUUUUCAAUUAAUCUUGCAUUAUCUCGUAGCUUUGAGAAUUUCAAUGUUGUGACUGUUUAUUUUUAGAAUGCCAUUGUAGGGUAGGUGUGAGAGGCCCGAUCUAGCUGGUUUGAACAUAAAACAAAUAGAAUAUUUGGGCCCGGUACAGCUGAUUUAAAUGCUAAAUGAUUGAUACAAUAAUACCUUUAAAAAAAAUGUUUUAAAUUAGGGGUACUCAUGAUGAUAUUCAAUCAUUAUUACCCCCUAUUUUGAUUAAAUUUUAGAACGUUCCUAUAGGAGAGAAAUUCUUAUGUAUUUAUUGAACAUAUGAGUUCUGACUAAAAUUGAUAUAAAUGCUGAGAUGGACAUAAAUAAUUUAGGAAAUCUUAGUAAGGAUCUUCAUAUCAUCUGCCUGCAUUUGGAAUACGAUUUUAGAAUAAAUCACAUACCUAGAGGAAUCAUUCACAAUCUCGAUAACCACUCAGUAUCAUGUAUGGUGGAACUUGCCUUCGUAGAUGUAAGUCUUUCCCACAUAAUCUUUUUGGAGUUGUUUUUAGCAUGUAUUUUCUGACAUUUAUUUUAUUGUCUUUUAACUUUGUCGAAUAUCAAAAGAAAGAAAAGAAACUAAGCUUUUGCAUAAAGUUUACAGAAUUGUUGGGUGUUUAUUAUUAUCAUUAUUAUUAUCGUUAUUAUUAUUACUUUAGUGUGGCAAGUUGGCCAAAUCGUUAGCAUGCCAGGCAAAAUGCUUAACAGCGUUUCACCCAUCUUUAUGUUUUGAGUUCAAAUUCCUCCGAGGUCAACUUUGCCUUUCAUCCUUUCGGGGUUGAUAAAACAAGUACCAGUUGAAUGCUGAGGUCAAUGUCAUCAACUAGCCCUCUUCCCCAAAUUUCGACCUUGAGACUUUAAUAGAAGGAUUAUUAUUAUUAUUAUUAUUAUUAUUUUUAUUAUUAUUGUUAUUAUUAAGGCUGUGAGCUGGCAGAAUCAUUAGCAUGCCAGGCAAAAUGCUUAGCAGUAUUUCGUCUGUCUUCAUGUUGUGAGUUCAAAUGCCACCUGGGUCAACUUUGCCUUUUAUCCUUUCGGGGUCGAUAAAUUAAGUACCAGUUGAAUACUUGGGUCGAUCUAAUUGACUGGGCCCCCCCUCCCCCAAAAUUUCGGGCUUUGUGCCUAGAGUAGAAAAGAUUAUUAUUAUUAUUAUUAUGAUUUCAAAAUUACAGUUUUGUAAAAAAAAAAAAAAAAAAAUAUAUGUAUUUUUAUUCUGGUGUAAAACCGUUCAAGCAUUUAGUCAACCGCGUAAGCUUAUUUGUUCUUUCUUUUAUAUUCUUAGGCAUUUAUAAAUAAUUUAAACUCUUAGAAUGAAGAUUGUUCUAUGACAAAUGUGGGGAGGCACUGCUAUCAAAAACAUUGGUGUUAUCGUUACUGAUUGAAAAUAUCUUCACUAAUUUUAAUCCCAUUGUCCACUUGUAUCAUUUUCUUUUUCCUUUCUUUUCAUUUUUGCUAAAUAAACAUAUUGAUGAAAGUGAAACAAAAAAAAAAUAUUAAAGACUAAAAGAUAUUCUGUUAAAAUAAACAAAAAAAAAAUAAUGAUAAUAAUAAUAAAUUUUCUUCAUAAUGAAACUUUGACUCCAUUGCAGAGCCAUUUGUGUCAUAGUUCUUAAACUGCUGUUGGAGUUUUACUGCAUUUGUAUAUAUACACAUUGGAUUUUUUUGCAAGGCAGGUUUAGCCUCUUUGCACAUUUAUCAUUCAUACCAAUACUGCUCUAAUGUGAGAAUAAACAUCAAAUGGUUUCAGUCAUUGAAGCUGUGAACAUUUAUCAUACAAUUCGUUUGGAUAAUAAUAAAAGAAGAAAAAGAAACCCCAAAAAAAAAAAAAGCAAACAAACAAAUAACUGGUCUGAAAAAUAAUUUGUAUAUUUAAGCAUCUCUAAUAUUUCUCUGAUUUAGCUUUACAUAAAGUGUUGAUUUUGACUACUUGAAGGUUUUGUGAUACAUACUAGCAGAAAGAAGACAAAAAAAUAUAUAUAUAUAAUAUAUAUCUUAGUAACAAUCAUCAUCAUCAUUAUUAUCAUCAUCAUCGCCAUCAUCAUCAUCAUCGUCACCAUUUCUAGCUUCUUUUCUCUUUCACCAUCUCCCCCCUCUCCCUCCAUGUUGGAUUUUUGGCUCUAGAAACUUCUGUGUCAUUUUGUUUCUUAAUUUCUACAUGUCCAUAAGAAGCAAACAAACACAACAAAACAAUAAUUAAAAAAAUAUAUAUAUAUAAGUUAUAUUUUGUAUUUUCAGUGAUUGGUAUGAGCUGAUUUCAGACUUAAAAAAAAAAAAAAAACGAAAAUGAAAAAAAAAAAAUCAAAAAGACCAAAAAAAAAUUAGAUAAAAAAAAGAAGAAAAAAUAUUAUUAAUAUUGUUGACUUAUUGGUGCAGUUGGCUGAGUUCUGUUUGUAAAGGAAUUUUACUUAAACUUGCUAGAUCUGAUAGAUCAUUCCAAGAAAAUCUGUCUGCCUGUCGUUAAUUAAUAAGGGGGUAAAAAAAAAAAAAUCGUUUGUCAAACUUUUCACCAUAGAUUUUUUUUUUUCUUUUCCUUUUAUCAAAUUUCAUCCUGCCCCA